UCUAUGGAUAAUUGUAACAUAUCUAAAGUAUUGUAUCUAUCUUUUCAGAGUUCUUUAAAGAAAAGCUAAAAAAUAAAAUAAAUAUAUGAAAUCUACAAUAUUAAAAAUAAAGAAAUAUAAAUUAUUAUAAUUUCAUGUGCACUUUCUGCGUGUAUCGAUAAAUCAUGGAUCAAUAUUUUAAAAGCUACGAAGAAUUUGAUGUUCAUCACUUAAUGCUUAGCGAUAAUGCACGUGUUUUAGCAUACAAAACUGCUAUUUUUAAUUGCAAAGAAAAAUUUCAAGAUAAAAUAGUAAUGGAUGUUGGUGCUGGCUCAGGUAUAUUAUCAAUUUUUUGUGCUCAAGCUGGUGCAAAAAAGAUUUAUGCAGUAGAAGCAAGUAUGCUAGCAAGGACUAUCGAACAAGUGUUGGUAGAAAAUAAUGUACAAAACAAAGUUGAAGUUAUUCAUUGUAAGGUAGAGGACAUCUGUCCAAGUAAUGUGGAAAAAGUAGAUAUAAUUGUUUCAGAAUGGAUGGGUUUUUAUUUAGUACACGAGGGGAUGUUAGAUUCUGUACUUUAUGCUAGAGAUAAUUUCUUACGAGAGGAUGGUUUAUUAUUUCCAUCCGUUGCAAAAUUAUAUGCUUCACCGUGUCAGUUACCAUCUAUGUAUGAAUUUUGGGAUGAUGUGUAUGGAGUCAGUAUGAGAUGUAUUGGGAAAGAGUAUAGAAAAGUUAAAUCCGAAAAGCCAGAAAUACUACUCCUAAAUCGAAAUGACCUUCUGGCAGAAGGUAAAUUACUCGCUUGGUUAGAUUUGAACUGUGUGUCUAUGGAAGAAAUAAAUCUGCUAGGUGGAGAAGAUUAUGUGUCAGUAUGUGAAAAGGAUGGAAAAUUUCAAGGGAUAUGUAUUUGGUUUACGGUGGAAUUUCCAGAUGGCUCAGAAUUAUCUACAGGGCCUUGCAAUGAAGCAACACAUUGGAAGCAAACUGCAAUUGUUUUGCCAACAGAUAUAGAAGUAUUACAACAUCAACCUGUAGCCUUUAAAUUGACAUUUGAAAAAGAUGCAUUGAAUUCAAGAUGUUAUAAUAUAAAAUUAAUAUUAUUGGACGCAGAAGAGAUAGAACACGAUAUUCCAUGUAAUUGUCAUAUGACAAAAUGCAUAGUAACAAAAACGUAUAUUGAAAGUCAAUCAAAUGAAGAAAGUGUUUAGCCAAUAUGAAAUAUAUGUAUAAAUAUAUGUAACAAAAAA